AUGAACCUUAAACGUAGAGUUUCGGUGUUGGUCUUUACCUGUCUUAUUCUGAUGCAUGGAACUAUUUUUUUCGUAAAAGGUGGACAGUUAGAAGCAAUCACUGCUCUUAAUAUAAUUGAAAAUACUCAUACAGACAUGUGCUCUGGAUCUGCAGCUAACCUUAACUUAACAUUAGAUUUCACACGUUGGAAUAAAUAUACAAAUUUAGCUAUAUAUAAUGCUAAUUACAUGACUACAUUAAUUUACCAGAACAAAGGAACAAUGGAGUCUAUUCCAGAUUUAACAUUCUUUAAUUUAGCCAGAAAUGUUGUUAUCACAGGAGCACCCAAAGUUUUUAGUUCUGGUCUUGCGUUUGAGUUAGGUGUAUUCUUAAGAUACAAAGAGUUUGCACCUUAUGCAUAUUAUAAAAAUGGAGUCAUUCGUCUUUUCGAUUUAUCGCUUUCUUAUGUGUAUCAAACAUCAGUUGAUGCAGAAUGGUAUUACAACUUAAAGUCAAGAAAUUGGGAUAAUGCAUCGUCAAUUCUAACGGAAACACACCAAAGGAAUGGCAGCACGGACAUUCAAGAUGAGAAGAUCGUGAUGUAUUUUGGACAAAAAGAAGAUGGACACUGGAUUAAACCUUAUUUUGAUUGUGGGUUUAGUAAUAUUUGGUUGGUUACAUUUUCUGUGCCAAUAUUUGGACAAGAUCCCUCUGGAAAGCCCACAUUCAAAGGUGUUGCAUUCAUAGAUAUGAACUUAAACGAUACUGAUAUCAAUCAAUGUGAACUUGAUGACGAUGAUGAAUCUAUUGAUAUAUUCUUAAAUAUAUUUAGAGGCACUCACACAUGUCUUCCCGAUACCAAGUGCCAGUUCCAACCUGGAUUAGGAUUUAGAAAAGGUGGUUACAGUUGUUUGCAGGUGGAUGGCUCCUUUUCCAAUAGCGAAGGAAUAUUAUUAGUUAUUCUAUUUGGCAUUGGUUUCCAGAUAUUUUUGACUGCUUGGUGA